ACGUUUUUGUCGUUAGAAACAUAUGAAAAAACCUCAGAAGAGUCAAAGGUCAACAACUUCAUACUUAAAACUUCAUACAGAUCUCUCUUCUCUGUAAUGAAUUUCUAUUAAAAACAAGAAAGAGAGAGAAAUGGGUGUUGAAGAAGAAGAAGAAGAAGAGCUAUCACCAUUUGUAAAAACAUUUUCUUCAUUUGACAAUGAAUCUGUAUCUGAAUCUGAAUCAAACCACCCUACAAUCAGAAAUGGGACUACAUGGACUGCUGUGGCUCAUAUCAUAACAGGGGUUAUUGGAGCUGGAGUAUUAUCACUCUCAUGGAGUAUAGCUCAAUUGGGUUGGAUUGCAGGGCCUUUCUUAAUCUUAAUCUUUGCUCUAAUCACCAUUGUUUCAGCAAAUCUUUUAUCUGAUUGUUACAGAUACUCAAAUCCUCAUUUGGGUUUUGACCAAUAUCGUUGUUCUUCAUAUAUAGAAGCUGUUAGGUUAUACUUAGGGGAAAAAUCCCAAUAUGUGUGUGGAGUGUUUUUGCACCAAGGCUUGUAUGGAUGUGGGAUUGCUUAUACCAUUACAGCUGCCACCAGCAUCAGAGCGAUCCAGAGAUCAAACUGCUACCACGAAAAGGGGCAUGAAGCUACAUGUUCAUAUGGAGAUGUUCAGCACAUGCUUGUAUUUGGAGCUAUUCAGAUUGUAAUGUCUCAGAUACCAGAUUUUCAUAACAUGACAUGGCUUUCUGUUAUGGCUGCAGUUAUGUCUUUCAUCUACAGCUUCAUUGGAUUCGGACUUGGUUUCGCUAAAGUCAUAGAGAAUGGUACAAUUCAAGGGAGCAUAACAGGAGUUCCAGCCUCAAAUAUCGCUAACAAAUUAUGGUCAGUCUUCCAAGCACUUGGGGAUAUCGCUUUCGCCUAUCCAUACUCGGUUAUUCUUCUUGAGAUUCAGGAUACAUUGAAGUCACCUCCAGCAGAAAACCAGACCAUGAAGAAGGCUACGAUGAUUUCGGUCUUCUUGACGACCUUGUUCUAUCUAUGUUGUGGUUGCUUUGGAUAUGCAGCGUUUGGAAAUGACACGCCGGGGAACCUCUUAUCAGGAUUCGAGUUUUUUGAGCCUUAUUGGCUCAUAGGUUUCGCUAAUGCUUGCAUUGUUCUUCACUUAGUGGGAGGAUAUCAGAUGUUCAGUCAACCAAUAUUUGCAGUUAGCGAAAAAUGGCUCAGCAAGAACUACUCGAACAAUGAAUUUGUGAAGAAUUUCUACACUUUGAAACUGCCAUUACUGCCGCUCGUUCAACUAAAUCCAAUGAGACUAUGUUUCCGAACAGCUUAUGUAGUGUCGACCACAGGAAUCGCAAUGUUGUUUCCUUAUUUCAACCAAGUUUUGGGAGUGUUAGGUGCCAUGGGAUUUUGGCCAAUGAUUAUACAUUUCCCAGUUGAAAUGUACUUUGUAAAAAACAAAAUUGAAGCUUGGACAAGACAAUGGAUUGUUCUUAGGAUAAUUAGCUUUGUUUGCUUUCUUGUGACUGUUGUUGGGGUCAUGGGUUCUCUUCAAGGACUUGUAAGUGCCAAACUUGGUUAACUUAAAACUAAUAUAGAGAUAGAGACAUCAAAUAUUCUUAUACUA